AUGGGGAUAUCCAUCGACAAUGUAACAGGAUUGGUUCUUGCGGUUUCUUCUAGCAUUUUCAUUGGUUCAAGCUUUAUUGUUAAAAAAAUGGGGUUAAAGAAAUCCAACACCCCAGGAAGAAGUGCAUCCUCCGGAGGUCACGCGUAUUUAUACGAACCUUGGUGGUGGAUCGGAAUGAUCUCAAUGAUUGUCGGAGAAAUCGCCAAUUUUGCAGCUUAUGCAUUUGCACCUGCACUGGUUGUGACUCCUUUAGGAGCUUUAAGCAUCAUUGUUAGUGCAAUACUAGCUCAUUUUAUAUUGGAAGAAAAAUUGCACAUAUUUGGUGUGCUUGGAUGUGCUCUUUGUAUGGUGGGAUCUACAACUAUUGUUUUACAUGCUCCACAUGAAAGAAUUAUUCACUCUGUUAAAGAAGUGUGGCAUCUUGCUACAGAACCAGGUUUCAUUAUGUAUACUUGUGCAACUGUGAUUUUAGUCUGUGUCCUCAUUUUCUAUUGUGUUCCAAGAUAUGGUGAAAGACAUCUUGUUGUAUAUAUCGGAAUAUGCUCUCUCACUGGAUCGCUUACGGUUAUGGGUGUGAAAGCAGUGGGAAUAGCUAUAAAGCUUACAUUUGAAGGCACAAACCAAUUCACUUAUUUUCAAACUUGGUUCUUUACUUUGGUUGUCGUGGGAUGUUGUCUCAUGCAAAUUAACUACUUGAACAAGGCCUUGGACACCUUUAACACUGCAGUUGUAUCACCUGUUUACUACGUGAUGUUUACGUCAUUUACCAUAUUUGCCAGCAUAAUCAUGUUUAAGGAUUGGGACUCACAAAAUGCAUCACAGAUUGCUACUGAGUUAUGUGGAUUUGUGACAAUUUUAUCAGGAACAUUUCUCCUUCACAAAACAAAAGAUAUGGGAAAUAAAUCCUCUCCCUUUUCAAGUCCAAAUCAAGCUAAUACCAAUGAUAAUAAUAACAAUAGGAACAAUAACAACGACAACAACAACUCAAACACACAGAACACAUGA